CGGGCCCGUCCCCCCUGCCCCUGGGUCGCUCUUUUUAAGCUCCCCUGAGCCGGGGCUGCGCUCCUCUAAUUGGGACUCCGAGCCCGGGCUAUUUCUGGCCCUGGCGCGGCUCCAAGAAGGCAUCCGCAUUUGCUACCAGCGGCGGCGGCGGCGGCGGCGGCGGAGCCAGGCCGGUCCUCAGCGCCCAACACCGUCGCUCCCGGCAGCUCGGAGCGCGCACCGCAGGCCGGCAGCCGAGCUCGCGCAGCCCAGCCGUGGCUCCUCGCCUGCUCUGCUGACGAGGGAAGAUGAGCGAGUCGAGCUCGAAGUCCAGCCAGCCCCUGGCCUCCAAGCAGGAGAAGGACGGCGCUGAGAAGCGUGGGCGGGGCCGGCCUCGCAAGCAGCCUCCGAAGGAGCCCAGUGAAGUGCCAACACCUAAGAGACCUCGGGGCCGACCGAAGGGGAGCAAAAACAAGGGUGCCACCAAGACCCGGAAAACCACCACAACUCCAGGGAGAAAACCAAGGGGCAGACCCAAAAAACUGGAGAAGGAGGAAGAGGAGGGCAUCUCGCAGGAGUCCUCAGAGGAGGAGCAGUGACCGCCGCCCGCUCCCUCCCGAGGAGCAGUUUCCUUCUGGGACUGGACAGCUCCGCUCUGCUCCCACCCCCCGCCCCCAGGCCCUCCCCGCCCCCUACCUGCGCCCUCCCCGCCACACUACACUGCAGACCAGCUGCCACAGGGCCCCCGGGCCCGAGUGGGGAGCCGCUCCCUUUGAUUUCAGGUCCCAGCGACCCUUCACCCAGCCGCCCUCCCCAACAAAGCUGACUUCCACUUAGCCACUCCUGCGCUGCCGCAGCCCUGCUCCCUGCGUGGUGGGGGCCUUGCUGGCUGGGCUCUCGGUUUGGGGAUCCCCUCUGCCUCUCCCCUCUGGCUUCCCAAUAAGGGGCCUGGGAGGGCUCCCCUGGCCUUAAGAGGGGCACAAGCCCCAUCUCAUUCUCUCAUUUGGACACGCCCCACUUCACUGUACUAGCGGCAGCAGGUGCGGCCACUGGAGAGGGGUGACUGCCCCGAGAUGCCCCCCACCACCCCCUCUCCUUCCCGCCUUGCCUUGUUCCCACACUAGGCGGGGCUACCCUCUUGGGGGCUCAGGAAGGAAGGUAGGAAUGUAAGCCCCCUCCCAGCUCUAGGCAGGCUCCAGCCCACCUUGCCCUCACCCUGGAAUCCCAUUGCAAUGAUGGAAAGAGUCCCCUUUAUCCAGGUGAGGCCCAGGAGGCCUGGGCUCCCUGCAGCAGCCUCUUGAGCUGGAGCCAUUCCCCACCCCUGUCUGCUUCCGCUCCAGGCCUCAGUUUCCCCUCCUCCCUUCCCUCGGGGCACUAAUAACAAGGAGCUAGUCUCGCCCACUCCCACCCUUCUGCUCCUCCCCAACCCCCAAGGUUCUGGUUCCAUCUUUCCUCUGUUCACAAACUACCUCUGGACAGUUGUGUUGUUUUUUGUUAAAUGUUUCAUUCUUAGACAUCCGUCGUUGCUGCUGCUACCAGCGCCAAAUGUCCAUCCUCAUCGCCUCCUGUUCUGCCCACGUCCCCCUCCUCCAAGAAGCUCUUAGGGGAAGGGGUCUGGAGCAAAGCAGGCUGGGUACCAACUCCCCGAGUCCCAGGGAAGGUGGGGUCCUGCCCCUAGGAUGCUGCAGCAGAGUGAGGGCGGGCAGGGAGGGGGCCCGUGUUGACUGUCAGGUGUAGGGGCCACCUUCUCCACCUGCUCUGUCAGGGAGGAGGUAGCCAUUAUUUGUCCCAGCCUGGGGCUCCCCUCUGGUUUCCUAUUUGCAGUUACUUGAAUAAAAAAAUAUCCUUUUCUGGA